GGACAACCACAACAGAACACUACGCCAACGUCGAGCGCUGUCUGCAGUGCAGAGGGACACACACAAACACCAGCGUUGGCAGCCAUGGAUCACCUGCCACUUACAGCGCCGGCCGCCGCGGCGUCGCUGUUGCCGGCGCAGGGCGGGAGGGUGCUCGACGCGUACAAGAAGGCGCUGGCCACGGCGGCCUCGGCUGCCGCGUACGCCGUGCUGGCGCGAAGCAUGGCGAGGGAGCUGUUCCCCGACGAGCUGCGCGCCGCGGUGCGCUGGUGCGCGGCCGUCGCGGGCGCCCGCUUCGGCCGGAGCGAGAAGGAGCGCCACACAGUGGUCAUCCAGCGCCAGUUCGACGGCGGGUACAACGAGAACCACCUCUUCAACUCGGCGCGCGCGUACCUGGCCACCCGGAUCGACCCGCGCGCCAUGCGCCGGCUCUGCCUCGCGCGCUCCCGCGCCAAUGAGCCCGACGGCGACAGCAGCGGGAGCACGCUCCUGUGCAUGGAGCCCGGGGGCUCCACCACCGACGUCUUCGACGGCGUCGAGUUCAUGUGGACGUCCGUCGAGACCGGUGGCGAGGAGAACAAAAAGGGCGAGUCCCUGGAGCUCAGCUUCGACGCCGAGCAUACGGACACCGCGCUGGAGCGUUACGUGCCCUUCGUCAUGUCCACGGCGGAGCAGCUGCAGCUGCGUCACCGCGCGCUCAGGAUCUUCAUGAACGAGGGGCGGUCGUGGGACGGUAUCAGCCACCACCACCCGGCCACGUUCGACACGAUCGCCAUGGACCCGGCGUUGAAGCAGUCCAUCGUAGCCGACCUUGACAGAUUCUUGAAGCGCAAGUACUACUACCAGCGGAUCGGCAAGGCGUGGAAGCGUGGGUAUUUGCUCUACGGCCCGCCCGGUACCGGCAAGUCCAGCCUGGUCGCCGCCAUGGCCAACUACCUCCGCUUCGACCUCUACGACCUCGACCUUUCGAUGGUGUACAAUAACUCGGCGCUGCAGAGGCUGCUCAUCGGCAUGCCCAACAAGUCCAUGCUCGUCAUCGAGGACAUCGACUGCUGCUUCGACGCCGCCGCGUCGAGGGAAGACGGCAAGGCGCCAGGGCCAGACGACGGUCCGGACCCCGACUAUACAUCGGACUCCCAAGACGCGUACCAGCCGGGAGCACCUCCGCCGAAGAGUAUCACUCUGUCCGGUCUGCUCAACUUCAUCGACGGGCUGUGGUCGACGUGCGGCGAGGAGCGCAUCAUCGUCUUCACCACCAACUACAAGGAUCGCCUCGACCCGGCGCUGCUGCGGCCCGGGCGCAUGGACAUGCACAUCUACAUGGGCUACUGCGGCUGGGAGGCGUUCAGGACGCUGGCCCGGAACUACUUCCUCGUCGACGACCACGCGCUGUUCCCGGAGAUACAGGAGCUGCUCUCCGCUUUGGAGGUGACGCCGGCCGAGGUGUCGGAAAUGCUGCUGCGGAGCGAGGACGUCGACGUGGCCCUCCGGGUUCUUGCAGAUUUCCUCCAGGAGAAGAGACGGAGCACACUGAAAGAAACAGAGGACAAGAAGGACGUGGCAGAGACAGCAGUAUAGUGUCUUCUUCAGUGUUGAUCAGUGAGCAUCCGUUCCUCCAUGGACCAUUUUAUUUCUGGAGGAGGGCAUCGAGUGAUUAGAGUUUAAACAUGAGAAUAAACAACCGGGCAUGCAGUAGGAAUAGUCAGGUCUUUCCACGUCUUAUCCGCCGAUCCUUUGUUGCUAUUUUGUAAACCACUCCCAUCACCCUUGCAUCAUCGUAUCCAUUUCCAUCUAUGAAAUCGAAGACAUGAACAGAAAAAAUAGCCUAAAGAUUACCCUGUAAAAAUCAUGUUCACAGAUCAAAAUUUAGCUCUGAAACCGUCAGAACUAAAUUGCUACAGAGGCCAAACAUAAGUUGAUGCUAAAAAACACUGUUCCAUUGAGUAGAAUGCUAAAAAACACUGGUUUUAUAGGAGUGCGCGAUUAUAGGAUUUAGAGAGGGGCAGCACUAGGAUUCAUAUGACCUCUGUUGCAGGUCAUCUCCGGGGUUUCCAGUCAGAAAUAAAUCUAUCCAAGAGUAUCACAAGUUGCAAAUCCAUCAAACAAAAAACAUCAGGCACAAAAGCAUCUGCAUAUUUUCUCUUAUCAGAGUAUAUUGGCAUAUAUUUGUAUUUGGUAGUUUAAGAUUUGUAAUCCCAUGAUACAUAGAAAAGCUUCUUACCCUCCAAACCUUAUACUCUAUAAAAUCCACCUUCGGACCUCAAGUAAUACAUCAAUUGCAUUA